AUGGAUAAAAAAAAUAAUGUUUCAGUCGUUCCUCGAAUAGACCCAUUCAGUUUUGGAGAUCCCAUAUACGAUGGGCAGUCAGCACAAGUAACAUGUUUUGUUUCGGAAGGUGAUUUGCCAUUAAACGUAUUUUGGACAUUUCAUGACACUGAAACUUUACUACUUCGGGGUGGUAUUAACAUUAAUAAAAUGGGGAGCAAAGUUUCCAUGCUUUACAUUGAAACAGCUGCUUCCUAUCAUGCUGGAAACUAUACAUGUAUUGCCACCAAUCGAGCUGGUCGAGCUAACUACACUGCCACAUUAAAAGUUCACGGUAAAAUGACUACUCACUGAUUUGAAAGACGAAAUCCUAUUUAGGAUGUGCCUGUUAAUUGUAGAAUUUUGCUCAAUAUUAUUUUUACCGCAGUUCUGAAAUAUAUAAAUUGUAUUAUUUAUUUCCAUACAAUAAUAGUGCAAUAUAUUUUCAAAUAUAAACACAAAUACACAUAACAUAUGAUAUAAUAUAUUCCUCAAUUGUUUUGAGUAAUUCUCUGUUAAAUAGACUUUCAUUAUAUUCGUAUAUUACUGAUUCAUGGAUGUCUUUAAAAUCUAUAGUACCUAUGUGCAUUUUAUAUUCUUUAACGGUUUUCUGUGUUACAGUAAAGCCGGAAGUUGAACCGUUUUCAAUAACUGAUAAUACAUUAAAUGAAGGGGGAUCGACGAAAAUUUUGUGUACCGUAUCAUCGGGUGAUAUGCCGAUUCACUUCGAAUGGACCAAGAAUGGUCAUUUGAUGAAUGCUAACAAAAACAAUCUCAAAGUACAACAAUUGGACGAACUGACUUCGAUAUUUUCCUUGACUAGGGUGUCGCUAGAAGAUGCUGGAAACUAUAGCUGCAUUGCAAAAAAUGAAGCUGGUUCUGCUUCACAUACUGCUUUUUUGAAAGUCAUGGGUAAAAUAUUUCCAGACAUUUUCAUAAAUUAUAUAUUUUCUUUUGGCUUUUGGUUAGAUCGAACUGUUAGUUUUCAAAAAUAAAUACCUAAUGGCUAAUUUUCAAUUUUCGUCAAUUUUUAUUUUUAAAUUAGUUAUUGAUUUACCGGGUGUCUUAAUCGAAUUUCGUACCUACCAACUAAAAUGUGCCUAUUUUCAAUUAUAUAUUUCUCUGUGCCCAUUUUGUCUUGAAGAUAUAUCAAAAACGUAUGAUAAUAUAAAUAAAUAAUAUCUAAAAUGGAUUAAAAUUAGCAUUAUUUAAAUUAAAAAAUUACUUUUUUCCUAAACUGAUUCCAAUUUUUAUUCUAUCCUAUACAUAUUCCUUUCUGUUGCUUAGUUAUUUUGCCGCUUUAAAUAUUAUUGCAUGUAACUAAUUUAAAAUGUACAGUUGUAUUGUUAUUACUUACUUAUUAAUGUAUUUCAUUUUAUUAAAUGCUAUUAUUUAUUGACAAAAGUUAAUACUUUUUAUAGAUAUUUUUAAAAAUAAUUAUAAAUGUGUAGACCUUAAAUUAAAAUUACGUUAUAUUUAUCUAAUUAAAUCAUGUAAUGUAAACAUUUAUUAAUUUUUAUUAUAGGAACUAUUUUUGUAUUCAAAUUUUAAUUUUAAUUGUACUAUAUCUAUACUUGAGCCGUGGCCUGUUUUGUAAUAAAAAUACAAAAUAAAUAAAAUUGUGCAAAAUGAACAUUUUUAAUAUUGUCUUAAAAUUUGUCUACACUUUAUUAUUAUUUACUGCUGUAAUACUCAGUUUGCACGGAGUCGCACGUUUCGGCAUGGUCAUUUUGGCGUGGCCGUUUCGGGGUAAAUUAUAUCGACGUGAAAUAUAAUUUGUAUAAGUUUUCUAUUUUACACAUUAUUCCCAUUUACUUCAAUCGAAUAAAUAUAUAUAUACUUAAACAAUACCACACAAAAAAUAAAUCUAUUUUUCAACAUUUUAAAAAUAUUCAACAUUAACGACUCUUGAACAUAGCAUUGCGAUCAAGACGAGGACAAUUAAUUGGUAAUUAAAAUAAUGAAUAAACAUGAUCAACAAUUUUUUUUAGAAAUAUUAACGUACUCCAACUAAUUACUCUGCACGGAUUAGGUUGAGUUCAGUCGUUGUAAGAGUCGUUAAUUUUUUUAAGUCUCAUAAUACCCGUAUUUUAUUUUUCGAGCACUACUAGUCAGUGACUAUGAAAAUCGAAAAAUUAUCAACUUUUUAAAAGAUGUUUAGAGCUCAUAAUUUAAGUAUAAUAAAAUGAUUUUGUUAAUUUUAUGUAAUUUUAAUUCAUCCCAAUCGCCAUAAUAUUAUUAUAUCACUAUAAAUAAUAUUUUUCAAAUUUUCAAAUGUUUAUAAAUGAUAAUACUAUAUUAUAUUACAUUAUUUGAAAUUAUUAUAAUGUAACUUUCUCUACAUUUAUAUCUUUUUCGUAUGAUAUUUUUUGUAUUAUUUUACAAGGUACUUAUAUUAAACUAAUAGUAAAUGGUAAUAACGAGUAAAAUAGUAACAAUUUUAAAAAAGUAUAUAUCACCCAGAAAUGGACUUCACACCGUAAUGACUUCACGCCAUAAUGUCCUAGACUGCAGUUUGUAAUAUCAUUUUAUAAAGUAUAUAAUAUCAUAUUUUUUUGCUUUUUAUUUUUUUCACACGCUUGUUUUCGCACCAAAAAUGAAGUUAAUCUGUGUGAUGAAUUUGAAGCCCAUUAAAAUUAAUAAUGCGUCACGAAAUAAAAUUGUUAAUAUUUAAUUAUACUUAUAAAUAUACAUUAAUAUUGUAUAAUACUUAAUGUGUGCAUCUUUAAUUUCAUCACCAGAAAAACUUAAUUUUGUUAAAUAUUAUCUUAAGUAAAGUAGCAAGAGAUCUAAAGUUUUCAAACUGAUUUUAACAUUAAUACAAAUUUCAAAAAUUAAUUUAUAAUAUUUGUUUACAUCUAUAAAUAUCUUAUUAAUUGGUUCAUUGUAACAUAAUAUUAUUUUAGAUUUAUAUAAUAUAAGAAUCGAAUAAUGAUCAAAUCUGAAUAGAAUCUCUUGCUGCUUCAUUUUUUUAAACGAGUAAAUUCACAAAGUACAUUAGGUAUAUUUUUUUAAUUAGUUCCUCCAAGAUGGAUACUUGAACCUACUGAUAAAGCGUUCGCACAAGGAGGUGAUGCAAAAAUUGAAUGCAAAGCAGAUGGAUUCCCUAAACCUCAAGUUACAUGGAAAAAAGCUAUUGGUUAGUAUUAUUUUAUCAUUAGUAAUGAAGUACACAUAAAAAAAUAAUUAGUGAUAUUUUAAAAAUAAAACCCAGAAAACCACUCUUUAAUAUAUUUGAUUUUAAAGGUAAUUCUCCUGGAGAUUACAAGGAUAUUAAAGAUUUGAAACCGGGCAGUGAUGACAUUAAGAUUGACGAAGGGACAUUGUCUAUCCAUAAUAUUCAAAAAAAUCACGAAGGUCAUUAUUUGUGUGAAGCUGUCAAUGGAAUUGGUUCUGGAUUGUCUGCUGUGAUCACCAUCAGUGUGCAAGGUGAGUUACAUAGUUAUUCUGUAAAACCAAUAGUAAAUAUUUAUUUACAAAUGUCCAUUUAAUUUUAGCUCCACCUCAUUUUGAAAUUAAAGCAAGAAAUCAAACUUCCGAAAAAGGCCAACCCUCUGUUUUGGAAUGUAUGGCUAAAGGAGAAAAACCUAUUGGAAUUGUUUGGAACAUGAAUAAUAAACGCCUAGAUUCCAAAGAAGAAGAAAGGUAUUAUUUAAUACCUUUAUAAAUGCAUUAUGCAUUAAUACCUAUACCUAUAUUAUUAUAAUGUAUCUAUAAUAAUAAAUAGGUACUAUUGCUUACCGUAAAAAUGGGCGAGUAGAAUCAAUUUUUAGAAAUAUCUGUUCAAUAACUAGAAAUUAUAUACUUAUUAUAAAUUACGAUUGUAAAAAACAGGUGGGGUAUAAGGUACAAUCAAAUAGUACAGAUUAUGUGAGUUCGCGACACUCACGCCGAAAAGGUGCGUGUCACAAUAAGGUAGCGGUUAUCUAUUAUUGCCCGGUAUUUUAUAAUUAUAGAUAGGUACUAGACAAAAAUAAAUUUAGUAACUCCGAUAUCAUAUCAAUUCUUAAUUAUACAACAAUUAUUUUUUAUAUUGUUACAUAAACGUAGAACGUUUAUUUUAGAUUCUGAGUGGAGCGAAAAAGUUUAUAGUUUUACAAAGAUGUUUAUAUUUUUUUUCAUUUUUCUACAAUUUUCGCAACUUUUCUAUCAGAAUACUUGCUCGGAUUUCUACGUGUAGCACCUUUUCUGGAAAUCGGCGUGGUGAGGUAUCUUAAGUCAUUUUCCGAUUUUUUCAAGAGUUUUCUCAUAAAAUGCGAAAAACCAGAAAAAAACGGGAAAAUUUACAAAAUGUAAUAAAUAUAAUCUUACGAUUUUUUUUUCUGUGGACAACGUUUCUAACAGUAAUUUUACUCCAACUUUUAAUGAUAGCAAUGUUUCUAAAGAGAAAUUUCACUAGGGAGGUACUUUAGAGAGGUCAUUUUUUGAUUUUCCCAAGAAUUUUCCCAGAAAAUGUAAAAAACCGGGAAACAACAUGGGAAAACAGUAGAAAAACUGGAAAAUUGGUACAACAUUAAACAAAUUGUAUUAAAGAAAGUAUAUAAAGCCUAUUUAAUUAUUUUAUUAAACAAAUUACAUAUAUAUAUAUAUUGUUGAAAAAACAUCACUAUCAACUAAACUGGGCUCAGAAUCGUUUUGUCGUAAGCAAUGGUUUAUGAUUGCUUACAGAUAUACAUUAAAUUACCGUCUAUAUUCUACCAUCCCAACCUCCCACCUACACCAGUGGCUGCACCCGUCCAAAUUAUCUUACCUUUCUUUUUUUAUUUCUUUUUUUAUUGAGAUGACGUCACCCCAGCUAUUUGUUGGAACUUGUUUUGUCCCCCCCCCCCCGGUAAGCAGAUUUUUAUUUUUUAAGCUAAUUUGUAUUAUUUAACAGAUGUUUGUUUUUUUUAUUCGAUGCUCAAUACUCAAUAUUUGUAUCAAUUCCCCUCCCCCCCACUAUAAUUAUAUAGACUGACGGUUUUAGGUAUGCUCUCCGCGAAUCGGCGCAACGACACCCUACCCGACCAAGAAACCUUUUACACUAUUAUUCAAAAUUUAAUGUGUAAGGACCAACUAUAGGCAACCACUACAUUUAUUUGGCCUUUUGUCUGCGGAAUGUUAUCACUGAGUAUCACACUCGCAUACCUGAAUAAUUAUAAUGUGAAAAAUUAUCAACUAUCUUCAUUCAGUCAUUCAUAUUUAAUUCGUCGUUUAUUAUUUAUAAAAUGUUUAACAUUUUGAAUUUAGGGUAAAGGGCAGUUGUUCAUUAUAUGGACAAUUAUAUGAAUAAAUAAUAUCGAACCGAAAGCGUAAUUUCUAUAAAUUUUAAAUGUAUAUUUGAAUACUAAACUAUAGGUACAGAAUGAUUCAUUAAACGUGCUCACUCUGUAUACUAUAUUUAAUUGUAAUAGUGCUUUGUCUGGAACUUUAAGCUCCAAACAAAACGAGCGAUGAAAUUUAUCGAAAAUUAAGCCGAUUUGAUAUACAAAUCCACGUUGGGUAAUCACUAAUAUUUUAUUUCGUUUUCGAAAACAGUUCUUGUCAUAUUUCGUGUUAGUGCUAUUGAAUUUUUGGUGUAUAAAAACAUGCAAAAUUUUUUUUUUUAUUAGUUUAAAAUAAAUAUAAAUUUGUUGUCUAGUUGUCUAGUUUAUCAGACAUCCUUUAUUUUGCAAUUUUUUUUUAAAUACGUGUUUUAAGACGCUGAUUUCGGAACUUUUCAUUAUUAAAUUAUAUAUAAUAAUAAUUAUAAUAAUUUAUAAUUAAAUCAUUAUUAAAGAAGUUAUGGAAGUUUGAAGUUCUUUGUACUUAUAAGCAUGAUUGGUGUACCAAGAGACCUAGCAGGGUCACUCGUUUGGUCGAGGGUAUCUAACCCUCAAUUAUAUUUUAAGCUACCUAUUUGAAAUAUUUUUGGUUUUAUAUGGAUAAACAAUUUUUAAAAUAGAAUAAAUGCUCAUAAAUUUGGUACAAAGUUCCUCAUUAUUCGAUUGACUGAAAUUUUAAAAUCUGUUCAUAUUUACACUAAAAUUGAGUUUAAUAGCAAUGAAAAAUAGGUACAUGUUUGUUUCUUUUCACCCUCAAUUACUGGUUAUUAGAAACGUCACACAUUAUGUAAAUAGGUACCUACCAUACUAUAUUAUAAUAUAUUUAUAGUAUAAUAGUAAGUAAUAGUAGGUAAGUUUUCAUUGAAAUAUAUAAAGUAUAUACCUAAUACUUAAUAAUCUUUUCUACUUAGAUACACAAUACGAGAAGAAAUAUUAACAGAUGGAGUUAAAUCUGACCUAAGCAUCAAAAGAUCUGAACGAAUUGAUACUGCUGUAUUUACAUGUGUUGCUACUAAUUCAUUUGGAAGUGAUGAUUCAAGUAUUCAACUUAUUGUUCAAGGUGUGUGUUAAAUAUUAUUUUUACUUAAUACCUUUAAUGUACCUAGGUACCUAUCUACUAAGCAUAAACUUUUGUAAUAAACUUCUGUUGAAUUAAAUAUUUCAGAGGUUCCUGAGAUUCCAUUUGGUUUAAAAGUAUUGGAUAAAUCUGGACGUACGGUACAAUUAUCCUGGUUAGCUCCGUACGAUGGAAAUUCACCAAUCACCCGCUACAUUGUUGAAUAUAAAUUAUUGAAAGGUAUAAGUGUAAAAUUAAAAAAAAAAAAAUUGCAGUAAUUUAAAUAAUUUUUGUAUUAUUCGAUCAAAGGCACAUGGGACACUGAUGUUGAAAAAGUGGAAAUUACCGGGGAUAAAAUUGAAAUGAGUGUAGUAAAUCUUCAUCCAGCUACUACAUACCAUUUUAGAAUUGUUGCCGAGAAUGGAGUAGGACUUUCUAAACCUUCUGAUCCAGUUACCAUAAUUACUUCAGAAGAAGGUAAAAUAUUAAUAAUGUUAUAAAUUUGAUGGGAUUAUAAUUAAUAUAAUUAUUCAUUUGUAUAUAGCACCAAGUGGAAAACCAACAAACAUUCAUGUUGAACCUGUUGAUGAAAAUACAUUAAAAGUCAUGUGGAAAGCUCCAGAGCGCAGUGAUUGGAAUGGUGAAAUCCAAGGAUAUUAUGUUGGUUACAAACAAUCAUCGUUAGUUGAUAACAAAUUUGUUUUUGAAACUGUUGAAUUCAGCAAAGAAGAAGGAAAAGAACAUUAUUUGGAAAUAUUUAAUCUAAAGUAAGUUAUAGUAAUAGAAUGAAAAUGUAUCUACACAUCAACUUUCCCAUCAAACCAUAAAAUUAAGUUUCUAAAUAAUGCAAAAUUCCUAUUUAUUUUAAAUUGUAUUCAAAGUUUUUGAUUUUUUUAUUAAUUUGACUUUAAAAAUCAAGUUUUGUUACUUCACAAUUUAUUACCUUAUUUAAAAUUAUUCUAGUUAUUUCAAAAAAAUUUUUUACCCAUCUAAUUUGUUUAAUUUAAAACAAUAUUUUAAAGUUAAUACACACUGUUAAAUAAUAAUAAUAAUAAUAAUAAUAAGUUUAAUCUACAAAACAUCCAUUUCAACUUAAAUUCUUUGACUAUAUAUUUUUUAUACAUUUCAUUUGUUUAAUACAUUAAAUUAUUUACUUUAAGAUUAUUUAAAAUACUGUAAUAUAAUUUCAUUGUGUUUUAUUUAGAACAUAUACUCAAUACACAAUAGUAGUACAGGCCUUCAACAAAUUAGGAGCUGGACCAAUGUCAGAUGAAAUGAAACAGUUCACUUCUGAAGGUGUGCCAGAACAACCACCUCAUGACACAACUUGUACUACUUUAACGUCUCAAACUAUUAGAAUUUCUUGGGUCUCGCCGCCCCUAAAUACUGCCAAUGGAGUCAUAAAAGGUUAUAAAGUAAUAUACGGUCCUAGCGAUUCUUGGUUUAGUAAGUAACAUUUUUAUUUUUAUUUUUUAAUACAGUGUGUUCCACCAUGUUUUGACAGAUUUUUCUAGAGCUGUUAAUAUUAAAUAUUUUUCAAUUUUUAUUUUUCUUUAAUCAGUUUGUCUCAAGAGAGGGUCAGCAAUUUGUAAAAAUAUUACAUUUUUAUUUCCACCACCUAAAUACCAAAAAAAAUAACUUACAAAAUGUUCAAAAUAACCAUUUUAUAAAAGAUAUUAUUCUAUCAUACAUUUAUAUCCAAUAAAUAGUUUCAUUUUUAGCUUAGUAAUAGCAAUUUUAAUUACUAGAAAUUAAGUGUGAAAACAAUUAAUAUUCAAUAAUAAUCCUAAUCGCCUCACGAUAAUUCCUUAUCAUAACAGUAAUUAAAAACUUGAAAAAUAUUUAAUAUCAACAGCUCUAGAAAAAUCUGUAGAACAUGGCUGGACACACUGAAUAUUAUAGACUGGAUGUAAAGAAAUUAUUUUAUUUUUAACUAUAGAUGAAAGUACAAAAGAUACAAAGAUUACAGUUUCGAGCGAAACUAUUUUGCAUGGUCUCAAGAAAUUUACAAAUUACAGUAUGGAAGUAUUGGCUUUUACUGCAGGUGGUGAUGGUGUCCGCGCACCUAGAAUUUAUUGUCAAACCGAACAAGAUGGUAUAAAUUUAUACAAACAUUUUUGCAUUUAUAAUAAUUUUUAAUCAAUCUAUUAUCUUUAGUGCCAGAAGCACCAGCAGCACUUAAAGCUUUGGUUAUGUCUACUGAAUCAGUUUUGGUUAGUUGGAAACCACCUGCCGAGCCUAAUGGAGAAAUCAUUCAUUACAUGGUCUACAUUAAACCAACUGGUGAUAAUAAAGAUGUAUGUAUAUUAUUUACAAAUUAUGUGUUAAAUGUUAUUAUAGCUGUUUUAUUUUAUUUAUAUUACCAAUAAGACAUUUAAAUAGUUCAUGUCAAGAAAUAUAUAUAUAUUUAUAUACAGGUGAUUUAAAAUGUAUGUUAAAGCUAUUUGAUCAUGUAAAUAUUCAAAAUAGAGACAAAUCUAUAAUACAAUAGUUUUUCAAUUUCUAAAUAUUUAAAAUAAUUUGUAUAUAUAUAUAUAUAUAUAUAUAUUUUUUUUUAUUGUCUUUCUUUGGCAUGUGAUUUGUGGGUCAACUUUUGAAAUGCAAAUGAGCAUAUUUAAAAUUCCAUAAAAAGAUGAAGUGUUAAUUUAAAUACAUUUUGGUGUUGAAAUUUUCAAUAUCCGUCUAUCCUCUGAUGAGAUAUUACACUUUUUAGUUUAGGUAGGGGGAGAGUAAUGGAACACUAUGCACUUGUGUGGUGGCAAAAAUUUAAGCACCAAAUUUAUUUAAACUUACACUCCAUCUAUUAUUGAGUUUUUAAUACAGGUUCCCUUUUAAAUUUCAAAAGAGACAAUGAAAACAAAAAUGUAAAAAUUAUUUAAGAUGUUUUUAAAUGGAAAAAAAUGUUGUAUUAUAUAUAUUUUGCUAUUUUGAAUAUUUACAUGAUAAAAUGGCUGUAACAUAAAUUUUGAUUAAACGUAUAUAUUCAACUUACACAAAUGUAUUAAAUUCAUUUUGAGUUUUAGAAAGAACCAUUGGGACAUAAAGUCGCUCCUAGUCAAAUGAGUUAUGAAGCAUCUGGUCUUAUUAAACAAGAUCCUUAUGAAUUUUGGGUUACAGCAUCUACUAAUAUUGGCGAAGGACAACCUACUAAAUCAAUUGUUAUUGCACCUAGUACUCGAGGUACCUAUUUAUUAAUGGCUACAUUUGAUUACUUAAAAUAAAUAUUUGUACCGAUUUAUUUUAAGUUCCUGCUAUGAUCGCAUCUUUUGACGACUCUUUUGUUGCAACAUACCGUGAAGAUGUAAAACUUCCAUGUUUAACUGUUGGUGUACCAGCUCCAGAGAUUUCAUGGAAAGUUAAAGGUGCACCCCUCGAGAGCAAUGAUCGUAUUCGUCAGUUACCUGAAGGUUCUUUAUUAAUUAGAUCGGUGACUAGAACUGAUGCUGGAGAAUAUUCUUGUUUUGUGGGAAAUUCAUUUGGAAAAGAUAAAAUCACGCAUCACAUUGUUGUUUUAGGUACUUUAUAAAUUGUGUAUUUUAAAAAUGUUUAUUCUAUAGCCUUUACGUUAAACACUUUUUUUUUUUAGCACCACCUCAUAAACCUCAAGUUACUGUUGAAGAAACAACAUCCAAUACAAUUACAUUGUCUUUAAAACCUCAUGAAGCUGAUAGAGAACCAAUUCACGGAUAUACAAUUAAAUACAAACCUGAAUUUGGUGAUUGGCAAACUGCACAAGUGGCUGCUAAAACUGUAAAAUUCACAUUAGAAAACUUGUGGUGUGGUUCGCGUUAUCAGAUAGCAGUAACUGCUUACAACUUGUAAGAAUAAUUUUUAGUGAAAAUUUUAGAUUUAACAACUUAAAUAUAUUUUAGAAUUGGUACGGGUGAUGAAUCAGAUUUAUUAAAUACAAAAACUACUGGUUCAAAACCAAAAAUUCCAGAAGCCAGUAAAUUUAUUGAAGUAUCAGCAACAAGUGUAACUCUACAUUUAAAUGCUUGGUUGGAUGGUGGUUGUCCCAUGCUAUACUUUGUAGUAGAACAUAAAAAAAGGUAAUAAUUUAUCAAAUAUAAUUUUAAAUUGUUUACUUUUAAUUUAAUUUUUAUUGAGAUUAUAAUUAUUUUAGUAUAAAAUAAAUAAUAAUAACUAUGUAUACUUGGGUUGUAUUUAAGUACACAAUCAGAAUGGACUCAAGUUUCAAAUAAUGUAAGACCCGGUGGAAAUUUUGUUGUCCUUGAUUUGGAUCCUGCUUCGUGGUAUCAUUUAAGAGUAACAGCUCAUAAUAAUGCUGGAUUUUCAGUGGCUGAAUAUGAAUUUGCAUCAUUAACAUUAAGUGGAGGUAGGUGAUUUUUUAAUUUUUUUUAAAUUCAAUCUUUUUACCAAAACUGUUUGCUUAUGGGCGGUGGUUUAGUAGUACUUGGAACAUUUUUUUUUUUAUAUAUUAACAAAGAAUGUACUCAUUGUUCCAGGUACUAUAGCCCCAGCCCGUGAAGUUCACAAUAAUAGUUUUGGUUCAGCUACUGAUACUGCUAUCCGUAUCAUAUUGGCAAAUUUGAAUCUUGUUAUACCAGUUACAUCAGCUUUAUUAGUUAUAAUUGUGGCUAUAAUUUUCCUCUGUUACUUGAGAAAGAAAGGAGUUGAUAUCAAAGGUUAGUUUUUUAUUUUUUUUAAGGUACUAUUGCUCCCCCUGCACAAGAUGUGACUUCUAUUUAUACUUACUUACCAUGGAUACCAAAGUGGAUUGACCUUAAUGUAGUGGUGCCGACUACUGCAACAAUUGUAGUUAUUAUUGUUGGUAUAAUCGUGGUUUGUUUUGCUUGGUCUCGUAGAGUCCAUGAAAAUGGACAAACCAGAUUGCGAGGUACAUUAUAGUAACUAUAAUUACUACUAAAACACAGUAUUAAGUUCAUUUUAAUGGUAUACCAUAUUUGGUUGACGUAUACAAUUUCCUAUAACAAACCUUAAAAUAUUAGAUGUACAUAAUUCCAAUUUAUACAUAUCUAUUUUGAAUGCAAAAAAUUAAUUUAAUACUUCCUUAUUAUUAGAUGAUAUGACAGUUUACAAUCAAUCAAUGAUUAUGGGCGGUAAUACACUUGAUAAGAGACACACAGAUUUCAAUGACGAACUUGGUUAUAUUGCUCCACCUAAUCGCAAGCUUCCCCCUGUUCCUGGUUCCAAUUAUAAUACAUGUGACCGUAUCAAAAGAGGUAUUUAAUAUUUUAAAUAUUUUAGCAAAACAUAUUAUCGUCCAUGUUUGUUUUGUUUAAAUUAUUAUUUUUGCUUUUUUUGUAUAAUUUGAGUUAGCUCGAUUUUGUUUUUAUUUUGCAUUUUAACUAUUUUUCUUUUGUUCUCGUCGCAUUUAUCAAUUAGGUUUUCCCGGCCCUUACAAUGGUCAUGGUACAUGGAACCCUAGAGCCCGUCAUAUGUAUGAAGAACUAAAUGGUAGUAAUCCCAGGUGUAGGGGGCAUUUACCCCCAUGCCCAGGUUCAGACGAAACAAUGUACACCAGGUGUAGAGGUAAAAAAGAUGACAAAAGAACAAUCAACUAUUGCACGGCAGCUUUAUUAUUUAACAUCAGCAGUGUGAGAUUUUCAUUAACAAAACAAUUUAGAAUGGUGUGAAAGCUUAUUGAGCUAUAAAAUUAUAUAUUUGAGAGCUAAGUUUUUUUUGUAAAAAAAAUGAAGCUGUUAAUAAUUAAUAUUUUAUUAAUAUUAUUGGUGUAAGCACUAUAAGCAGUAGGUAUCUAUUGCGGUUGGUUUAAUAGCUUUAAAAUAAUUUCAACAUUUUAUGUAUGUAUAUAUAACAUUGUUUUUAAAUAGUUACAAGUUAUUAAAAAACAAUAAUUUGUUAGGUACCUACUAUUUUUAAAUAGGUUCUAACAUUUUAUAAACGGCUAAAUCAUCAUCUGAUAUUGUAUUAUUAUUAUGGUAAUUUGGGUAAUGAAUGAUUAUCAUAUUAUGUUUUAUGUAUUAUUACUAAAUAAAUACAUAUUAUCAUAUUAUGUGCCUUCUUUCACUGUCGCGGGUUGCUUGAUUUUAUUUUUUUAUUUUUCCAAUAUUGGUAUGAGAUGUCAGUUUUUGAUGCGAUUAUAAAAAUUGAAUAAUUUCAGGAAUCGAUGGUGAAGACAUAUGCCCAUAUGCUACAUUCCAUUUACUUGGUUUUCGUGAAGAAAUGGAUCCUUCAAAAAUGCCAUUCCAAACAUUCCCCCAUCCAAAUGGACAUUGUGGCACAAUGGGACCUGGAGGAACUGUAGCUAGUAAUGGUCUCAUGCACCAAUGCCCAGGAACACAAACAAUGGUAAAAUAAAAUAACUUUUUAAAUUCCAAAAUAAGGCCCAUUUCACGUUACCCAAUGUGUGGCUCUAUGUACUAAUUAUAUUUGUUGCCUGUUAGUAUAAUAAUAAUAUUUAAUUAAAUUUAUAUAUUUUAUUUUUAGCCUCGUAAUGGACGUUAUUCUCGUGUUGGUGCUGGAGCAAAUUCAAUGUUUUCCCCCGAAUAUGAUGAUCCUGCCAAUAUGGGUGAUGAUUAUGGUAGUCAGUAUGGUCAAUAUGGAGCUCCUUAUGAACAUUAUGAGAGCCGUGCUUCAAUGGCUGGACGUAGUAUUGGUAUAAAUUUAGAUGGAUAACUAAAUUCAUAAACACCAACUUUAUUAUUAUAUUAUUUCUUUAACUAUAAAUCUAUAAUUAACACAUAUUUAUAAAUUAGAUUUUUAUUUCAUUUUUGUUCAUAGUUCAAUAUUACAAAAUUACCCUACUAUUAUUAUUAUUUUUUGAUAAAAAUUCAGACAAAAUAAUAAACUGAAGUAUGGCUAAAGUUUUAAAAUAUAUUAACUUAGUGUUAUGUAUAUUUAAAUUUUAAAAUAUUAAAUUCUAGGAAGCCCGGAACCACCACCACCUCCACCUCGUAAUCACGAUCCAAAUGUAAGCAACACAAGUAAUGAAGCUAAUGACUCCAAAGACAGCAAUCAGAUUUCUGAAGCAGAAUGUGAUCAACAACCGCCUAAUCAGAACUAUGGUGGUAAGUAAAAUUUAAAUUAACUCAAGCACUUAGGUAUUAUAUUAUUUAUAACGCUUUUUUAGAAUGAUUGCCACAAUAUUUUAAUAGUUUUACAGACUUGUAAAAAAAAAAAAUUUUAAAACGUAUAUAGCUUUAUAAAACUCAAUGUAUUAUGAUGAACAUGCAAACUAUUAUUUGUAACAUCAUUUAUAAUAUUGUUUUAGAUUGUAUGAAUAUUAUAUUUGUACUUAUUUGCAUUAGUCAUUGGUAUUGAUUAUCUUAAUUGCAUUUUGUUUUAUUUUUACACUAUAUUAAAACUAGGCAAAUGGUUGCGGCCACAUCCCACUGCAAGAGGUAUUUUGGUAUGAAAGGUAAACAUAUUCAAUAUUACAAUAGGCUUAUGGUGAUUCAUUUAAACUAUUCUAAAACCAAUUUAACUCAAGUAUCUACAUAAUUUAUUAAUGAUUAAUUAACCAAUAUUUAUCUUGUCUAAUAUUGAUGGUACAUUUUGUGGAACUGUUUUUUUUUAACUUUACAAAUUCCAAAAUCUAAAUUAAUAAUCAUAUAAUAUCAUACAUUAUGUAUUGACAUCUCCUUAUUUAAUAUAAAUUGUAAUAUAGUAAAAAUCAUUUAAGACACUAAAGAAACCCAAUCAAUAGAAUAGAGUAUCAUCUUAAGCGGGUAAACAUCUUAUGUGUAAAUUGAAAAAAAACACAUAAUUAAAAUAUUCAGUUUCUUCCAAUAGUUAUUAUUAUUUGUAUUAUUAAAUAUAAUUAAACUUACAUACAUAACUUUGUCACUUUUCUGAUGUGCUUGGAAAAAGUAUAAAUUUGUUAAUAAGUACAUAUAAAUGGGUAGAUUUCUAUUUUUUACAUAUAAUUACUAUAAUUUAAUGUAAUCUAUUAAACAAGAGACCAUCUUAUCUGAUUAGCUAGAGAAAACCAAGUGUAUUAAUAGCUAGUUUUUAUAUUUAAGUAUAGGCAAUUUUUAGGGACUGGCAGAAGGUAGCAUCUUAUGCAGGAAUGUGUCUUAAGCGAGUUUUACUGUAUCCGUUUAAAAUAGUCUAAUAUAUCUGAUUCUUAACCAUAUUUUCUUAAUAUAAUAUAUAAAACAAAUGUUUUUUUUUUUUUAAAUAAAAUACAAUUUUACUUAUUAAUUUUUAUGUUUUUGUUUAUUUAACACAGUAUUUAAUUAUUGUAUUACCAUUGCCUUAUAUUCAAUGCAGUUGGGCACCAAUGUUUUAUUAGAAUCUAUAAUAGCAAUAUGCAUGAAAUAUUGAAAUUUAUCUAAUUGUUUUGAUUUUGUUUGCAUGCCAUUAAUAAUACACCAUAUUAACAAACACUUGCAAUACUUAAAGGUAAGGUUUUGUUUUAUACAAACACUACUAAGUAUUAACUAUAACUAAAAGAUAAUAAUAUUAUGUACAAUAUAUAAAUACUAACAAUUCCUCGACUAAACAUAACUCAUUUUAAAUUAUUAUAUUAGGUAGGUACGCUUUUUAAAUUAAUUUUUCUACGCAUUAAAACCUAAUCAUCGUUUUUGUUUCAUGUGCUUUUAUUAGAAUGGAACUAAUAACAUUUUAUGUAAAUAUUGUUUACACAAAUAACAAAAUAAUUAAAUUUUAAGAUAGACUUGUUCUCAACAGCAAAGGCAUAUUCAGCUUAUGAUGCUUCAACACAUUUCACUUUGCUUUGACAACCAUUUUAAAAUGUUCCAUCUAAAUAUAAAUGAAUAUGUCCCAUUAAUUUUGAUUUACAGCACAUCUGAAGGGAAAUACCAAGGACGGUAUGACCACAGAAGAACUUCGAAAACUCAUAGAAAGGUUAGUGGAAUAGGCCUACGCAAAUGUAUAACUUAACAUAAAACCUAAUUACCUAUAUAUUAUAUAUAAAUAUAAUCAUACUAAACAUAAAUUAUAAAACGUGAAAUUUAAAAAUAUAUAAGAUUGAUAUAAAAUAAAAUAUACUAAACAUUAUAAUUGGUUAACUAGUUGAUUACCUUAUUAGAUGAAACUUUUACAUGUUAAUUUAUUAUUUAAUUUUGUGUAUGUUUAAUGCAUUGGUCAAACUUAGGAAACCGUAAGUAUUAAUUUUCUGCUUAAAAAUAAACAGCUCUAAUAAAAAUAAAAAUAUUUAUAACACCAUAUUGUAUUUGCGAGUAAAUGUAGAAUUGUGUGAUGUGGUUUUUAUGUAGUACUUAUAUAUUUGUAAAAUUUAAAGAAAACAAUAUGGUAUUAUAUUUAAGAAAUAUCACCAUUUUAAAAAGCGAUUAAAAUUAACUUUUAUUGUACUCGUUGUUUAAAUAAUAAUUGUUGACUUGAAAUAAACUAGGUAUUCAUUUUUAACUAAUACAAUUAAUUUAUAUAGGAAUAAUAAAAUAAAUUUGUUGGUUUUCUUUUCUAGAAACGAAGCCGCAGCAGGACAACAACGCCUCCAAAGUGGAGGGCUCACAACCUACGAUACUGUGGCAGUGUAACCUCUAG